AUGUCGUCGAUGAUCAAAGGGAUCCUGAGUCUCGAGAGCGCGGAGAUCGCGAUCAACGAGGGCAUCGACGGGAUCAUCGUCUCCAACCACAUCGCCCUGGUCGACCCGGACGUCAAACUCCUCGACACGGCUGCGUCACCCGCGGGCUGCGUACUGUCCUCGGUGUUGCGUGCACAAGGCGAGCACCACAGGCGCCACCCCGCAGUCUUCCACGAGGCACGCGUGGAUGCGACGCGAUUCGAAGCGACGGCCACGCGUCCCGUUCGUCCAAGCAUUCCCUCGUCCACCGCUGGUCCUUCAAGCGCAUCCAGCACUCGCGCUCUCCCGCGCGCGAGCUUCGAAAUCCAGUCGAUCCACCUCGCAGACCAAACCACCGGGCCGUACAUGGAGAUGCUCCUCUUCUGGAUGUGUGGCCCGCUCGGCCAGCGUCCGGACGGCAGGCCACGUUCGCCGCGCCCAUGGUCGCGCCCCAAGACCUUGGCUUCUUUGCGCACUACGCUUUGGCCACCGCUCGCGGCGCGACCUCGAGGUCGCGUCCGCGCGCUUCGGCUGGGCGGAGCUCGCGGCGACGUCGCGCGCGUGACGGGGCGCCGCGCGGAGUACCUCCUGCUCUCGCUCGACGAGUGGAUCGGGGUGUGGGACGGGCGCGGGCAGCGACCAAGGCGCAGAAGAGGGAUGUGGGGCGUCGACACCGCCAUCCGCGUCUUCGCGUUGACGAAAUGCGAGAGUGGGCCGAGUCUUGCGCGCUUCGCCGCGUGGAGACCGCGUACAUGCUCGUACAUGGUGCGCACGGACUACUACUAG